UCGGAGACCAGCUACGGGUCGGAGUCACGUGGUCGGACCGUCUCCACGCAUAUCCUGGGGGUGGGGAUCGUACUGGUGGGGGUGCUCAUUCUGGCCGUGGGGCUCAUCAUGGGGCUGGAGUUCCCCAAGUAUGUCAAUGAUCACAACAAGGAAAACCAAUGCGUCGUGCGGCCAGACCAGGAUUCGUACGACUCGUGGACCCAAGGAACCCAGUGGUCAAGGAAAGUGAGGGCCUACUACUGGACGCUGGCCAACGUUCAAGAAUUUUUGUACGGAGCUGGUAAACCAAAGUUUGAACAGAAAGGCCCUUAUGUGUACACUGACACAGAGAUAAAGUAUGACGUCACGUUUGCUAUCGUAGAAGUGUCGUAUCGUGUACGUCACAAGUUCGUCUUUGACGCGGAGGCCACGCUGGACGAGUGCCGGGCAUGCGCAGAGGACGAUAAUCUGACCAUCAUCAGCCCCUGGUACCUGCAGACGAUUGGCCUGGCUGGGGACGAGCAGACGUUGGUGUGGUCUGACGUCACGCUCUACAUCCUCCACUACCUGGGCCUGUACGGGCUGAUCAGCCGGGACGAGGGCGUGGUCUCCUACAACAGCAACAUCACCAUCCUGGGCAGCUACGACCCCAGCACCUCCGUACAGACCCCACCGCUGGCCAACUUUUCAUUCGGCUCGUGGUUCGCCAGCUCUAACAGCAGCUACAGAUCCGCGGUGGAGAGGGACAAGCGGAGCCAGCCAUUUUCUUUCGCCGAGGUCACGGCAUUGUACCGGGUGUUCGCCAACGCCACGUUGCUCGGCGGCAAGGCCUUGACCUUGCCCAACGUGACGCUGCAGGCUUCCUGCCAGCAGUGGGCGAGUGAGAUCUGCUCGAGCGGCCACACCAAACUCAAAACUCUAAGCCCGCUUGACUGCGGGGUGAUUUAUCUCUUCCAAAAGUGCCCGGAAGUGAACUUGUCCUCACAGGCGAGGGACAUCCUGCAACGAGCGUUCUGUCCCGCGGGCGAGGACGCGUGCCUUAACCUGACGGGCUCCAGCGACGACGUGUUAGCCGCCUACAAGAACGUCCUCCACGACUUCCUGCUCCACGUGUCCGGCGCCGUCACGGAGAAGGUUCUCGCGGCCAGAGAGCUGCAACUGGUCAUCACACGGAGCCAGAGUCAACUGGCCCUGGGGUUUGACGUCCCGGGGGACGAGGUCAUCGCCCCCCAGCACAGGGCGGGUCUGCUUCAUAGCAAGUGGGCCCAGGGUCCCGACCAGGUGGACGCGGAGUGGACCAUGGCCACGUGCUUGCAGCAGAAAGAUAUGAACAACAACAUGAAGGUGCAAGCUUAUAACGGCUAUUGGUCAACUCCCGACGGACUGCUGAAAGGCCCCAUCAAACAGCCCAGCCUGGAGUCGUUCACAGACUUUGUGACGUCAUGCUCCUCUCUCCGGGCUUGCCGCACCUGUACCUCGCCCUCCCCAACCCUCUCCAUUUUCAUUGAAGAUUUGCUAAGGCCAGUCGACUUCGUCAUCAACGCCAGUCUGACAAUCAAAGGCGUGACAGUCUACAGGUACCAACUGGACACAGAAACGUUGAGUGCCUCCGAUGUUUACCUUGUGAGCCGUGGAUUACAAGACGUGUCUGGGGUAGCGGGCUUCAUGCUGUGGGUAGGGGUGCCUUACAACGCUGGGACUUCUCAUGUGACGAUUGAGCCGGUGACAGGGCGGGUCUGGGACCGACGCCUUACGCUGGAAUGGAGUGUUGGAAUCCACCGCGAGACUGCUAUCUCGCACCGCCGCAACAUUUCUGUAGUGGAACAGCCACUUCCGGUGUUCUGGUGCGAGCGGUCCUCCACCAUAAGCCCUGGCGAGAUUGAGGUCUACAAGCAGCUGAUUGUUCGACUGAUGACAGUUGCGUGUGGCGGCCUUAUUGGCUUCAGUGUAUUCGCUGUGCUGGUCGCUCUGCUGGGAGUUUUUAUAUGCGUGUAUCCCUCCAAGCCAAACAGGGUAGCGCCUAUCAUGGAAGACACAACAACCGGCCUGCCCAAUGGAAAACAUUUUUAA